UCUCCGCCUUCAUUCUCAUCAUGACAAUGGAGUCCAUUAGAACACCCCAUCCAUACUUUCCAGAGAAUUUGGUGCUCGAUCACUAUGUUCCAAACACGAAUUCGGUCUUUUUGACACUAUCAUAUGUGUCGAUCACAUUCAUCUUUAUCACUCUUGUCACCAUUGCUCUUGGAUAUCCAAAGCGGCAUUCGUGUCUCAGUAGUAUAGGGGAUCGCUUGGCGUUUUUUUGGUUUAUCCUAUGCGUCUUCCUUCAUAUUUUCUUUGAAGGUUAUUUUGGGCUCUAUCAUAAAACGUUAGCAGGUGAUAACAGCCCAGUGGCUCAAGUGUGGAAGGAAUACGCGUUGAGUGAUUCGCGUUACCUCUCAAGUGAUACGUUUGUUCUCAUUGCUGAACUUGUAACCAUUAUAAUCUGGGGUCCAUUAGCGCUUUUUAAUGCAUGGUCAACGUAUCAUAAUUUGCCAUCACGGCAUAUUGGUCAAUUGAUACUCUCGUUGGGUCAAGUCUACAGUUGCACACUCUAUUAUUUUACAUCCAUUGUAGAAGGCUCACCCGAAUGCCGCCCAGAACCAUACUAUUACUAUUUUUACUUUUGGUUUUUCAAUGCCUUUUGGAUGGUUGCGCCCGUUAUCCUCAUCAAAAACUCAAUCAAGACGUUAUAUAAUGCCAUGGCACAAUUAUGAUUUCUUUUGUAAUGAUUAAUAUCCAACAUUUCAUAGGAUUUUU